AUGCAAAAUAUGAAUGAUAUUUACUCUUUUCCUGUUGAGGAACAACUUAAUUAUAUUUAAGGUAAAUUCAACAUGUUUGUAGAUUGAGGAUUACCUUAUAAAUGUGAAUGCUUUCAUCCAGGAUAUACUUGUGAAGCCCAAAUACUUCGCAUGUAUAAUUACUUUUUAUACAAAGGUUUCCGAUCUUAUUUUCUCAAAACGCUAAAGUCUAUCUUCCAGUUCAUUUGCUGCCUUUCUUGAUUUAUAAGAGGAAAGCCUUUUUUAAAAAGUAUAUUUGAGUUUCUUAAACUUAAGUCCAAUUAGCACGACUGCGAGAUCAUUGUUUUCAUACGCAAAGAGUGUGUUGUUUUUAAGUCUUAUGGUUUAAAUUAUGAGAUACAAUUGGUGUAAGUAGGUAAGAUUUCGUAAUACGGUUGACCCGUUCAUCCCAAUAUCUGGUGGUUUGAUGGGAGCUUUCGCUUUGUUGUUGGAAUCAAAAACGAGGUAAGGGGUGCUAUGUAAUUGAAAGGGCUUAGGAAAUAAUGCUGAGCAUAGUGCCUCGAUAUUUUGAGACAAUCUUGAAUCUGAUGAAGAGAAAGGGUUGGAUAAAAAAUAUUCCUAAAGGAGAUGUGUUGGUAUUUGCAAUUAUAUUGGCAAUAAUUCAUUAUUAUUAUUAACAUGAUGUAAAAAUACAUGCGAAUUACAUUAGCCGAAGGCUUUGAAAACAACCUAUAGAGGAAUGUUUGGUAAAUUCUGGGGAAGGAAUUGA